UAUCGCGAGGGGUGGCGUGUUGUGGCUGCUCAGUAGCCGAAACUUCAUGGAACGCGGCGGUCGUCACAUAACAAAGUUUUACAAAAUAACACCCACAUGUGUGUGCAUGUACACUCAUGCAUACACUCGUACACCUACAUGCGUAGAGAAUUUUCCAACUGAAGGUUUCGUUAUAAGAAAUGCUCUAAUUAUAAUUCUCCAUCGAUUUGGAAACGUUAAUCAGAUCAGGAAAAGUUUAUCAAAUAAACAGCAUUCGGAAUUUAAUUACAGCUUUUCUGAUGUGUAAAAAGUUCAGAAAAUUAUCCAAUCCGGAAAUAUUUGUGUACCUGUGUACGUUUUAGAAAUGUAUCGAGUUGCACAAAGUGGGGCGAAACUCGCGGCUCUCAUGAUGAUGUAGUUUUUGACUUAGCAGCCAUUUAAGUUAAAGUUUGAUGAUAACUGAAGUGGAAUCUCCAACCUUUUGUUAUUGACAACUGUGGCUGUGGCCUGCGAAACUUUGUAAGGAAUGGAAUCAAUUAAUGAAAUCAUGGAUUCCCAGACGUUUAGCCAGGAACUGGUGGACGAUGAGUUCAUUACCGUUGGACACCAGAACCAGCACCAAGAAGCUGACUCCGAAUCCGAGUCACACAGUCUACAUGGUGUCAGCGGUGAGGCUCUUGCCAUGACCAUGCAAUCAAUGAUGUCCUCGGCGGACGGGGCUGGUGAGGAGGAGCCUAGUUCUGUUGUGAUGGUUAUUGAUGAAAUCGCGCACAGUAAUGUGCAGACAGCGUAUCAGAUUGUGCCUCAACAGCUGCAGAUUCAGGGUAGGAAUUUGCCACUACCACUGUCGUUGCUCCACCACCAGCAUCAGCGUCAACACCAAACCCAGACCCAGCAUCAACAGCGGCAGGAGAGAAUGAUCGCCAGUAGCCCAGUGGACUUUGUUGGGUCUGAUAUUAGCUUGGAUGGAAUAGCUUCAGUGAAUACGGUGCUGUCCCAAGGUGUAUCUGUCAAACAGGAGCACAAGCUUCUUAUUGUUCGUCGAGAUCAGGAUUUCAGUCAUGUUAGAAGUCAGUCUCAGGCCAGUAAACGUCAUAAUAUGGAUGAAGACGUUUCGAACGUCGGUGUUGGAAUAAUGGAUGAGCUUUCGUCAGACGGCUUAGCCUGCGAGGAGGAAGAGGUCACACUGAACCAACAUCAUCAACACCAGCAGCUUCUAGAACAGCAGCAUCAGUAUGGCCAUUUAACGCAUCAUCAAACUCAUGGCCAAGUACAUCAAAGUAUGCACCAUCGAUCAGCUCAGCUGGCACUAGGACACAAUGGAAGCGUUCACAGCGAGGUUUUAUCGGUUAUUGUACAGUCUCACGAGGACGACAAGGAUGUGGAAGGGGAUGCGGAUGAAGACGACGACGACGAUCGAGACUCUGGUGGGCGCGGUCAAUUACUCAGUCCUGUAUUGGAGCACAGCUCAUAUCAAACAUUAACAUCUGUCAAUGAUCGCAUAUCACCGCCUGGUUUUAGUCCGACGUCGUAUGCCACGCUGACACCUAUUCAACCACUUCCGCCCAUAUCGACGAUGUCCGAUAAGUUCGCUUACUCUGGUCACAUCUCCGGAGGAGGAGGAGGAGGAGGGGGAGGUGGAAGUAGAAGUGGAGCAGAAGGCACAACCAACUCAUCCAGCAGCGCUGCAGAGACAGGAACUGUAAGUAGUGGUAAUGUCAGCUCUUCUGGUUGUAGCAACAACGAUUGCAGCUCAUUCUUAUUAUCUGGAUUAUCUGGAGUACAGUCGCCGUAUUCCUCCUACGAUAAGUUGCCCUCAAUGAUUUCUCCUCCUCCUCCACAUAACUACUCUGGUUCUCCAUCCCACGGGCUCACCGGUAUGGUAGUCUCGUGCGACUUGCAUACGCACAGUUCCUCAGUGUCAGUGCCUUCCCCAGUAACUGGUGGAUGCGUGACUCUUUCCCCGCACUCGGAUUCCCCGCAGUUGCAGAUUGGAGUUAACGUCAACGGCCAAAAGCGAGACGCGGUGACUACACAUGGACAUGCACACGGACACGGAAACGGACAUAGUCAUGGACUCCAGCUGAUACCCGUAACUUUGCAGAAACAGGUGAUAUGCCUCUCACCGACCGGUGUUAUAGGGGACAGUGUGGUUGUGAGUGAUUAUGAGUCAUCCUAUAGCGGGCAUCACCAUGAUCAUGAGCUGAUAAUGGCCACGUCUUCGUCGACAAGUUCAACGGCCGGACUUCAGCAUAGUCCAACACUCAGCCCCCACUCAGUUUCUGCCGGUUCUGUUGUUUCCAUGUCCUUACACUCCCCCGCAUCGGUUGUUACCUUGCCCAACAUUAAUGGCUCAAUACAAAGUCUCACAGCUGAAAUGCCUGUUGUUGUCUCUCUUACACCUACCCCUCCACCUGUAACGGAUGACGGGGCUGCAGGCAUGAGAAUGAACGAGAAUGACCCAAGUCAAAGACAUCAACAUUUCCUACCCAAAAGCCAAGAUAUUAGUGGCGAUCAGUGUAGUAUCCAUAACAACCCGCAUUCAGCCAACACAAGCCAUCAACAGUCUCAUCAAAAUGGUUACCAGAACGUGCAGCAGCUGUCAAAGUCGCAUUCCCCAAAAUCCAACCCCGGCACUAGUGGAGGCGGAAGCCGAAGUGCAAAUGCAAGCGGAAGUGAUAUGGAAGAGAUCAACACAAAAGAGCUGGCUCAACGUAUCUCGGCCGAACUGAAGAGAUACAGUAUUCCACAGGCAAUCUUUGCACAGCGUGUACUUUGCCGCUCCCAAGGCACACUAUCUGAUCUGUUGCGCAACCCAAAGCCAUGGUCAAAACUAAAGUCCGGACGAGAAACGUUCCGUAGGAUGUUCAAAUGGCUGCAGGAACCAGAGUUUCAACGUAUGUCUGCUUUGCGGAUGGCUGCCGCCCAAAUACCACAGCGUACACCGAUUUCAGGGGGAACGGGGGUGAGUGGUACAUCAGGACCGACAGGGGUAACUACGACCAUAACGGCUACAGACUCGUCACCAGUUAUGCCAACAAUGACAGGAAACGGAUUGCUCAGUGGAUCCUCAUCCUCUUCUUCUUCUGGUGGUGCCGUUGCCAGUAUUGUCAAUUGUCGUCGCAAGGAGGAACCUCAGAUCGAGCAAAUGCCGCAUCCAAAGAAGCCUCGUCUGGUUUUCACCGACCUACAACGACGCACUCUUCAAGCAAUUUUUAAAGAAACCAAGAGGCCGUCAAAGGAGAUGCAAGUAACAAUUGCUCGGCAGCUGGGAUUGGAGCCUACCACCGUAGGUAAUUUCUUUAUGAACGCUCGUCGCCGAUCAAUGGACAAGUGGCGCGAUGACGAUACAAAGAAUGCAUUGCAUUCCAUGCAGAACCGUCAGCAACAACAGGAUCAUAACCAAAAUCCAAGCAAUAAUUUAUCACAUGCAAACUACGCAAAUAUCCAUACGACAGCGAUGUCACCGAUUGGCGCUUUUGAUGACGAAGCUGAUAUGGAAUUGGAGCUGGACAACAGCCACGAUUUUGACUUAGUUGACGAUCAUGGGGAUAAUAGUGACGAGCAUGGCGAUAUGUUGUGACAGCAUAGCCGAUGUAGGCAACAAUCCGACAACAAGAACAAACCAAACCUAGAGACCAAGCUAUUUGAAACUCGUACCCGCACCCGGACCCACACUGGCACACACACGCACACGCGCUCUGAUAUAGAUAUUUACUCUAAUGCAUCUGCAUCUCGGAAGACAGUGAGAGUCCAUACCAAUCAAAUUCCACGGAGGGUGGAUGAGGUGGUUGGAAAUAUUCUAUUAGACGAUGAGGGUGAUGGUAAAGGUCAUGUAGAUAAUUUGGCUGAGAUUAAGCCACAGUCAGAUGUUGAAGAAAAUUGGGCCCCUAGUCCAAGUCAUGGGCUGCAACAGCAUCAAACCAACAUCUGUAUGGACGAUUUAGCCAUUUCUGAUUACUUGGAUGACCUAAAAGUCAUGAUAGUCUGCUAAAGCUUAAAAACUCACGUAGAAUGUUGUUCCCAUUGUAAAAAAUUCAACCCUAAAUAUGUAUAAAAGUUUAAGGUGUAUACUUAGAUAAAAAAUCUAGUAACACUUAUCACUUAGCACAACUCAAAUGAAUUAUUCUUUCAAGAUAAAUUUAUCUACAAUAGUACUUUUGUAAUAUACAUACUCACAUGUAGAUGAGUUGUUGUGUUCGAGUGUCAGUGCAUGUACAUAUGUAUGUUGAGAGGCCAAGUUAAGAGAUAGAUGGACAAGGAACAAAUUAAAAGGAUUCCCAAAACUUAAUUAUUACCGAUUCAAAAAGUCUAAGAAUGUAACUGUAUCUAGUCAAAUUUAUAAGAUAAACAACAAACACACUACAUUAUAUAGAGCUUAGAAAGACGCAAAUAAUUUAUCGCAAAAGGAAAUGAAUAUUAAAUUGAGUUACGGAAAAAAAAUAAGCUGUAAAUAAGCAAAAUAUAUAUGUACUUAUAUGUAUGCCCUUUAGUCCAACGCUUAUCCGAACAAAUAAUUCGAAUGCAUAUACAUUGUAAAUUUAAAACUUUCAGUGGAAUUCAAGUUAUGUUGUGCUUUUCUAAAACCACUAUUUAUUUCAAGAACACAAAAAACGAAAAGCUCACACAAAAUAAUUUAAUAAUACUUAAUGGUGAACAAUUGUUUAAAUAAUACUCAACUGCAUCUGUAACAAGCACUUUUUUUUGUAUCUGUAUGCUAUUUGAAAGGAAGGGAAGGGCAAUGAUGCAAUAAUGCAAUAAGAAGAAUAUGUAUGCUAGUCAAUUUAGUUUAAAUACAAUUUUUGCAACGGUAAAUGGUGGGUUAAUAGUUAAGAGCAGUCCUAUAGUCCGCAUCUAUAUCUUACUCGUACUUAUAGACCGAUUCAUAAAAUAAGUGUAUGUAUAAAUCAAAUAAAUGCAAUAAUAAAUUAAA